GCGCAUGCGCAGAGCGCGCCUCGUACCUCAUCGGUGUAUUGCCCGUAGGAGCGAUCCCGCAUCAGUCUGUCCCAGGCUGCAGUCCAUCCAAAGCGGCGACCCGAGUGACGGAGCUCCUUUCAUUUCGCUUCUCACAGCGCUGCGAUUUCCACGCAGAGGUUACAGGGUCAGGUCCUGCAAUGGGAUGUAGUCCCUCCCGGGUGAGCGAAGCCAAGAGACGAACCCAGAGAGAGCAUCUGUCCAAACCUGUACAGUAGCAUCUGAUUUGCGCAGAGCCGCCAAGCCGACUGAAGCAGCAGCUCUGCCGUUAAACCGAAAUGUCGGAUGUCACGUCACCAACUCCAGAACCUCCUCAGAUCGUCAACCCUCCGCCUCCCGAGGUGACGAAUGCCACUAAACCCGGCCGCAAGACCAAUCAACUGCAGUACAUGCAGAAUGUCGUGGUCAAGACUCUGUGGAGGCAUCAGUUCGCGUGGCCUUUCUACGUGCCCGUCGAUGCCAUCAAGCUCGGACUGCCGGACUAUCACAAGAUAAUAAAGAAUCCAAUGGACAUGGGCACCAUCAAAAAGAGGCUGGAGAACGUGUAUUACUGGAGCGCCAGUGAAUGUAUGCAAGACUUCAAUACCAUGUUUACCAACUGUUACAUCUACAACAAGCCAACCGAUGACAUCGUAUUAAUGGCUCAAGCCUUGGAGAAGAUCUUCCUGCAGAAGGUUGCUCUGAUGCCCCAAGAGGAAGUGGAGCUCCUUCCGCCUGCUCCUAAGGGUAAAGGACGCAAACCUGGACUAGCAGGUCAGCCGGAGGGAGCCGUGACUCCUGGCUCGCCAACCUCUGCCUUCCCGGAUGCCACUUCUCCAGGCUCUCAGCCUCCGGUUAUUUCUCCUCCAGUGCCUGCUGUCACGCCCAGCACACCCCCUGUACAGAACACACCCACCACCCCCAUCAUGCCCGGCAUGCCUCCCUCGCAACCCUUCGGCAAGAAGAAAGGGGUCAAAAGGAAAGCGGAUACCACCACACCCACUACCUCCGCCAUCACGGCCAGCAGGAGCGACUCGCCCACCCCUCUAUCCGAGAGCAAGCAGGCCAAAGUGGCGAUGCGAAGAGAGAGCACCGGGCGACCCAUCAAACCACCCAAAAAGGACUUGGAGGAGGUCGAAGCGGGUCAGCAGGGAGGAAAACGAGGUCGGCUCACCGAGCAUCUCAAGCACUGCGACACCAUCCUGAAAGAAAUGCUGUCCAAGAAACACGCUGCGUACGCCUGGCCGUUCUACAAACCUGUCGACGCCGAGGCGCUCGAACUGCACGACUACCACGACAUCAUCAAACACCCCAUGGACUUGAGUACAGUUAAAAAAAAGAUGGAUGCUCGGGAGUACCCAGACGCACAGAGCUUCGCCACUGAUGUGCGGUUAAUGUUCUCGAAUUGUUAUAAGUACAACCCUCCCGAUCACGAGGUCGUCGCCAUGGCACGAAAACUGCAGGACAUGUUUGAGAUGCGCUUCGCGAAGAUGCCAGACGAGCCGGCGGAGGUGAACGUGGCGGGCGCUGCUGCUGCAGCAGGCGUGGUCAGUAAAAGCACGGCGAGCAGUGAGAGCAGCGCCGAUUCCUCUAGCUCGGACAGCUCUGACUCCGAGGAGGAGAGAGCCACUCGCCUCGCCGAGCUGCAGGAACAGGUGGGUGCGGAACAGCUGAAAGCCGUCCACGAGCAGCUAGCUGCUCUCUCGCAGGCUCCUGUCAACAAACCAAAGAAGAAGAAGGAAAAGAAAGACAAAGACAAGAAGAAGAAAGACAAUAAGCUGAACAAAGGCAAGAUAGAAGACGAUAAGAAGGCUAGCGGGCCGCCUGCUAAAGUGACCCAGCCGAAAAAGCCACCAGCCAGAAAAGCUAACAGCACUGUCCCUGGCAACAGGCAGGCUAAGAAGGGAGCCAGAGGAGGAGCCGGCUACGAGUCGGAAGACGAAGACGCCGCUUUGCCCAUGACUUACGACGAGAAGCGGCAGCUCAGCCUGGACAUCAACCGGCUGCCCGGAGAAAAGCUGGGCCGCGUGGUGCACAUCAUCCAGUCCCGCGAGCCCUCGCUGCGAGACUCCAAUCCCGACGAGAUCGAGAUCGACUUUGAGACACUCAAACCCUCCACCCUGCGUGAGCUCGAGCGAUACGUCAAAACCUGUUUACAGAAAAAACAAAGGAGACCUUUACAGAAAGGUGGUGCCGGACCAGGUUCAGGCCCGUCACGGCUCAGCGGCAGCAGCAGCUCUUCAGACUCCGGAAGCAGCAGCUCCAGCGGCUCCACUUCAGACAGCAGUGACUCCGACUGAUUCCUUUUAUUUCCACUUUUAAUUUCUUUUUUUUUUUUUCUUUUUUUUUUUUCUUUUUUUUAAAUGUCUUAUGCAGUCGUGAUUGUUUCUCUAAGACUUUUUUAUAAGAUAGAGGAAAAAAAAACAAUGAAAAUGCAUCAUGUCUGAACUGAUUUUCUUUCUUUUUUUUUUCUUUUUUUUAAUAAAAGAAAUACCAUUAUGGGGAAAAAAAGGAAAAAAAUAAAUUAAGCGAUUUACCUAUUUCCACUGAUUGUGAAAGGGAUGUUUUUAGAUCAGCCAAGCUAUUUCUGAAGUGUGUGUGUGUGUGUGUGUGUGUGUGUGUAAAGAGAGGAAAUGGAAACUUCACAACCUGUUUGCAAAUGGGCUGGAAUGAGGGGGACAAAACAAAAAUAAUAACAGUGGCAUCUCUGGGCAAGAAAGACAUAUUGGAAGCUCACGGACAUUUUUUAAUUUUUUUUUUCUUUCUUUCUUCUCCUCUCUCCCACAUUCUCCCAUCGGUUUGCCUUCAUGUGCAGGCUAUGUAUUUAUUUGAUGUUUUUUUUUUUUUUUUCCCCAGAGCUUGAUUUGAUCAGUUAUUAUAAUUUUUUUAUAUAUAUAUUUUUUGGAUUCAUACACAUUGUGCCAUCGAUAUUCAAUUUUUUGUCCCCUCUUUUUUUCCUUUCUUCCUUCCCCUAUAAGAAUCAAUGGCCUUCUACCCCUUUUUUUAUACUCGUCAAUUCGAAGGUUUGCGCCCACAAUAUUGGCAUUGUGGAAACAAAUCCUUGGUGUGUGUGUGUGUGUGUUGGAAUGAGAAAUCGAUCCAACACUCGGUGCAUUGAGGUGCUGGUCUUCCUUCUUCUGAACCCCCGAUUCAGGAGCGAGUUUUCCUGCCCUACUCUACCAGACCCAAUCAGUCUCUUUAUUUGAAUCCCUGUGAUGUAACAGCUCACGCUUUCUACGAAAAGUUUAGUCUCCCUGAGAUGUUCAUGGAAUCGUCGAGUCUUCCUCCAGUCAAACAACCUUGAUCUCUGAAUGUAAGGCUGAAAGCAGGUGUUUCACAUUUGUACCUUUUUACGUCACGAAUAAACGAUUGUUUAUUGGCCAGAUCUGUUUGCUCCCGCAUCACCCUUCACCCACGUGCUGCCUGUUUUUAUUCUUCCAUCAAGUAUUUCAAUGUUCCUUUUUCGAUUCCUGUUUAAUGAGUUCCUUUUUUUUUCUGAAUAUCGAGUAUAUCAAUCAUUUGUUGAAAACCAUUGCCCUCUCCAUUUAUACCCUGAAGAUGCAAUUUGCCUUAAUUGUUUAUUUUUAUUUUAUUUUUUAAACCAAAUUUGACUUAUUAAAGCACUACUUAGAUAGUAA